CUAAUGGGUCAACCGAACACCCUUCCUCUCUCUUGUCUAUAUAUAUAGAAAUUUGCUGCUAAAUCCUUAGUCUUAAGAAGCUUUAAACUACAAAGCCAUGGUGGACGAAGAACCUUAUUUCCCUGACACUGAUACAGACUUAAGCUUCACUUCCGCCAUUACUGACUCUACCUUAAGCUCCAGCUCUCGUUCCAGUUCAGCCUCUUCUACCCUUUCCCUAUCCUUCAACGAACCCCACCUUUCUCCUCCCACCCUUCACCACCGCAAAUGGGAUCCCCGUUUUUCACCCAUUAAACUAGUCACAACCGACGACUGCAACCUCCAACUUCAUCACCUCAAGCUUAUCCGUCAUUUGGGUACCGGAAACCUCGCCAGAGUCUUCCUCUGUCAACUCAAAGACCACGAUGGCGCCGUCUUCGCUUUAAAGGUGAUCGACACAGACGCAUUAACCGCCGAGAAACUCUCUCACGUUCAAACGGAGGGUCAAAUCUUAUCCAUGGUGAACCACCCGUUUCUUCCGACGCUUUAUGCCCAUAUUCAAGCUUCUCACUAUACUUGCUUCCUCAUUGAUUUUUGUCCCAACGGUGACCUCUUUUCCCUUCUACGUAAACAGCCCGGAAACCGGUUUUCUUUGCCAGCAGUCCGGUUUUUCGCCGCAGAGGUGUUGGUUGCUUUUGAGUAUUUGCAUGCUUUGGGGAUCGUUUACAGGGAUCUUAAACCUGAAAACGUAUUGUUACGUGAAGAUGGGCAUAUCAUGUUGACGGAUUUCGAUUUGUGCUUCGUGGCUGACGUGGUUCCCGCUUUUAAAUUCGUUCGCCGGAAAAGUGGUAAGUCGAAUCGGAAUCGUUUCUCCGGUGGUUGUUUUGGUCCCGCCGCCGGUUUGAACGAGAAAGGAGAAGUUGUUCCCGUGGCUGAGCCGGUAACGGCUUUUUCACGGUCAUGCGUGGGGACUCACGAGUAUUUAGCGCCAGAGGUCGUCUCCGGUGACGGGCAUGGUAACGGCGUUGACUGGUGGGCAUUUGGGGUGUUUGUUUACGAGUUGUUAUACGGAACGACGCCGUUUAAAGGGGCUAGUAACGAAAUUACGCUUCGGAACAUAGCUUCGAGUAGCAGGCAAAUGAGAUUCGCCCACGCGGCGGGCGUGGAAGAAGCGGGAAUUUCGGAGGCAAGGGAUAUGAUUGAGAAAUUAUUGGUAAAAGAUCCAAGCAGGAGGCUAGGGUGCACCAAUGGUGCGCAGGACAUUAAACGGCACCCAUUUUUUGAUGGGAUAAAUUGGCCCUUGAUUAGACAGUACAAGCCGCCAGAGGUAGUGGGUGGGGCGGCGAGGGAAAGGGGGCACGUUGGCCGUGUGAAGCGGCGGCGUUGGUUUCGGAAAGGACUUAAUUGUAUGAUGAUGAGAAAUUGAAAUUAAAGCAUAGUAAUACUGAUAGAGUACAAUUUUAUUCAUAAUAAUUGUAUAACUAUAGAGGAAAUAAUACGGUUUUAAUUCAAGAA